UCAUAUAUAUUUUCAUGGUUUCCCUUCAAAAAUUAAUGAUCCUUUUCUUUUCUCAGCCUUGUACCUGCCCCAAUUCCAGAUCAUGGACCCGCAGGCACCGGACUUCUCCGCCGGGAAGUCGCCCCGAAGGGAGCUCCAGGGGCCCCGGCCGACGCCUCUCCGGGUCAGCAAGGACUCCCACAAGAUCCGUAAGCCGCCGAUAGCCCCGCUGCCGCAGCACCCCUCUCAGCCGCCUCCCUACCAGCCACGGCCGCCGGUCAUUAUCUACACCGUCUCGCCGAAGGUGAUCCACACCGACCCAAGCGAGUUCAUGACGCUGGUGCAGCGCCUCACCGGCUCCGGUUCUUCGGGUACUUCUUCUUCUAAUCCUUCUUCCUCUUCCGACUUCCCUGACAGCUCCGUCGGCGGGGCAAUAUCGCCGGCUGCCCGCUUCGCUUCCAUAGAAAAGACGAAGUCGCCGGAGAAGAAGAUCAAGCCACAAGGUGGCGAUAUGGGCGUGGAGAUAAUUAGCACGGAAGUAGAGAGGAGUAGCUUGUUCCCGGGGAUUCUAUCGCCGGGUCCGGCGUCUCUCCCGCCAAUUCCGGCUAGCUUCUUCUCGCCGCCGGCCGAUCCAAAUCCUCUCGGUUUCUUCCACGAUCUGAGCCCCGUGUUUCAGGGCAACAAGAAUUAUUUAGAGACCAGUUUCAUGCCAAGCCCUUCAUAUUUUCUUUCACCCAAUACUCCAUCUCUAGACAUUUUCAACAAUUUCUUUGACAUUUGAUUAACCCAUUUUAAUUAGGUAGAGGGAUUAAUUAAUUAAUUAGAGUGGGAUGAUGAUGAUGAUGAUAAUGAUGAUUGAGCUUUUGUAUGUUCUUCUUCAAUGGCCAUAUAUACAGAUUAGACAACUAGCAAGGUGAUCAUGAUUUAAUGGGAAUUAAUUAAUUAAUUAAUUCCGGUUUUCUGUCAGUGGGGAAGUUAAUUUUGCUACUUAAUUUGCAGAUUCUUUAUUUUUCUCUGUGUCAUUGUACAUGUAAAAUUUAAUUGGUGGCCCACAAGAUGGGGGGGCUCAAAUUCAAAUCUCUCUCACAUCUCUCACAUCAUCUUUGUAUUUUUCAUCUCCUUAGUUCCAUCCUUUUGUCAGCAUGUAGUUAAGUUGCACCAAAACCCUCAUUUUCAAACGCCCAUCAUUUAACCUAAAUAUAUAACUGGAUUUUCUUUACUCAUUUUC